UAAAGAUGUCUAGUAUGCCAACAAUAACAACGGCUGCAGAAGAUGGUGGAAGUCGUUCUUUUUGCUAAUUUGUUGCGUAAAAAGCUACUCAACUUUUCCACAGUGCUUAAUCUAAAACUUUCAUUUUUUUUGCUUUACUAAUUCAUAAUGGUCCUAGCUUACUAUAGCUAAUCUAAACGACUGCGUUAUUCUGGCGAUAACGUACACGAUCGAACAAAACAGAUAAACCCCAAAGAAGAAGGAAUAAAUAAAUAAAUAAAAAGCAUCUGUGGCGUGACCAGACUUUUGUCCUUUAGAGGCAGGAACUCGUCUACAGAUAUAAUGGAGGUGGACGAGGUGGAGACAAGAGCGCCGGAGCUUCAGGAGUCCAGCAGGAGGAUAGAAAACAAGAGAAAGACUGAUUCUGAAGAAGAAAGGGAUGAUGAUGAAAAUAUGUCUGAAUCUCCAUGUGACUCCAUUUCCUCCAUGCAUGAAACUCCCAGCAAGGCAACAAAGUUGGAAAAUGGUUGCAACUCCUUCAAUCUAAUAAAAAAUUCAGUUGUGGUUUUGACCAGACUGCCCGAAUAUAAAAUUGGUGCUCUGCGGCCGCCAACACCUGCACAAUUCUACAGUGAAGAUGAAUCCUUGAGCAGCUCGGAUUCUGAUAUGCCAUGGGAAUCAGAAGAGGACUCUAGUGAUUCAGAUUUUUUAGUCUUUAACAAAACAUCAAAAUCCACAACAACUGAAAUAAUAAGAGUUCCUGCAGUACCUACGACCAGUAAUGUUUUUGGCCAUAGCUCUCGUGAAACUACAAAGGUCCGCCCUGAUAUGCCAGAGGAAGAGAUCAAAGUGGACAUGAUGGUCCUGGCCAGGAGGAGACCCAUGAGGUGGCAGCGGGGGAAAAUAGUGGAAAUUGUUACAAAAGAGGAUGGGCGGUUAAAGUACAAAGUCAGUUUUGAAGAAAAGGGGAAGUGUCUUGUAUCUGGACACCACAUCGCCUUUGACACGAGACCAAAGGUGGAGCAGCUGUAUGUCGGCGCCCGUGUGGUGGUCCGGUGUCAAAAUAACAAGUUCAGGUUUCGGCCUGGAAUUUUGUCCGAACUCCCCAGCAGAAAGAACCAAUUCAGGUUUUUGGUGUUUAUGGAUGACCACACACCAGUAUAUGUUGGAUUACCUUUAUUUCAUCUGGUAUGCAGACCAUUGGAUGAUGUCUUUGACGACGUUCCAGACGGCCCCCACAAGUGUUUUAUGAAGCAGUACCUGAAAGACUGGCCAUACCCUCGUUUAAACAAGUACAGGGCUGGACAAAGCUUUAAUGUAGAAUUAAAUGGAGUCCAGCAGAGGUGCGAGGUGCUGGCUGUCGACUGCAGCUUAAUGCAGAUUGUUUUUCAGGAAAAUCAGCGUCGGGAAUGGAUCUUCCGAGGCUCCAUGCGACUGGAACACAUUGCUAGGUUUUGGGAGGUAAAAGAGAGGGAAGAGGCCAAGGAUGAUUCUGACUCUGAUUAAUCCACAGACACAGGUAAACUGUGAACUGACUGUGGACAAUAAAACAUGAAUGAAUUAUUUAAAGAGUGUCAUCAAUGUUUAUCACCUCAGAGGUGAAGUUCCAUAUGAAUUUUUGUUUGUGGGGGAGGAAAGAAACAUUUAUACUCAAAUAAUUUUUUUUUUGUCAAAAUGAGUCUGUAUUAUGUUUAAAUAUGAUUUUCUCCUUUCUUCUGUUUUACUUCUGUUGAGUAUAAAGAUCUUACCUUGUAAUGAACUCUGCAGAUUAAUUUGAAAUAAACUGAACUGUGAAACAGUCA